UUGGUUUGGGUAUCUUCAGAUUUCCUUGUCUCGAGAUCCUCACAAUUGCUCUACAACUCAGAGCAGCAACUGCUAAGGCUGCCUUGGGAAGAGGAUGAUCCUAAACAAAGCUCUGCUACUGGGGGCCCUCGCCCUGACCACCGUGAUGAGCCCCUGUGGAGGUGAAGACAUUGUGGCUGACCACGUUGCCUCUUGUGGUGUAAACUUGUACCAGUCUUACGGUCCCUCUGGCCAGUUCACCCAUGAAUUUGAUGGAGAUGAGCAGUUCUACGUGGACCUGGAGAGGAAGGAGACUGCCUGGCGGUGGCCUGAGUUCAGCAAAUUUGGAGGUUUUGACCCACAGGGUGCACUGAGAAACAUGGCUGUGGCAAAACACAACUUGAACAUCAUGAUUAAACGCUACAACUCUACCGCUGCUACCAAUGAGGUUCCUGAGGUCACAGUGUUUUCCAAGUCUCCCGUGACACUGGGUCAGCCCAACACCCUCAUCUGUCUUGUGGACAACAUCUUUCCUCCUGUGGUCAACAUCACAUGGCUGAGCAAUGGGCACUCAGUCACAGAAGGUGUUUCUGAGACCAGCUUCCUCUCCAAGAGUGAUCAUUCUUUCUUCAAGAUCAGUUACCUCACCUUCCUCCCUUCUGCUGAUGAGAUUUAUGACUGCAAGGUGGAGCACUGGGGCCUGGACGAGCCUCUUCUGAAACACUGGGAGCCUGAGAUUCCAGCCCCUAUGUCAGAGCUCACAGAGACUGUGGUCUGUGCCCUGGGGUUGUCUGUGGGCCUCGCGGGCAUUGUGGUGGGCACUGUCUUCAUCAUCCAAGGCCUGCGUUCAGUUGGUGCUUCCAGACACCAAGGGCCCUUGUGAAUCCCAUCCUGGAAGGGAAGGUGCAUCGCCAUCUACAGGAGCAGAAGAAUGGACUUGCUAAAUGACCUAGCACUAUUCUCUGGCCUGAUUUAUCAUAUCCCUUUUCUCCUCCAAAUGUUUCUCCUCUCACCUUUUCUCUGGGACUUAAGCUGCUAUAUCCCCUCAGAGCUCACAAAUGCCUUUACAUUCUUUCCCUGACCUCCUGAUUUUUUUUUUCUUUUCUCAAAUAUUACCUACAAAGACAUGCCUGGGGUAAGCCACCCGGCUACCUAAUUCCUCAGUAACCUCCAUCUAAAAUCUCCAAGGAAGCAAUAAAUUCCUUUUAUGAGAUCUAUGUCAAAUUUUUCCAUCUUUCAUCCAGGGCUGACUGAAACUAUGGCUAAUAAUUGGGGUACUCUUAUGUUUCAAUCCAAUUUAACCUCAUUUCCCAGAUCAUUUUUCAUGUCCAGUAACACAGAAGCCACCAAGUACAGUAUAGCCUGAUAAUAUGUUGAUUUCUUAGCUGAUAUUAAUAUUUCUUGCUUCUUUGUGUUCCCACCCUUGGCACUGCCACCCACCCCUCAAUUCAGGCAACAAUGAAAUUAAUGGAUACCGUCUGCCCUUGGCCCAGAAUUGUUAUAGCAAAAAUUUUAGAACCAAAAAAUAAGUCUGUACUAAUUUCAAUGUGGCUUUUAAAAGUAUGACAGAGAAAUAAGUUAGGAUAAAGGAAAUUUGAAUCUCAAAAAUAUCAAAAGUAAAAAUGUAUUCUCAAAACUUUAAAUUUAUGAAGAAUGAUGACAGUAGAAGCCUUCCUCUUCCCUUGUCACCUUGAGAUAAAAAUUCUUUAGGCAGGAAAAGAAAUGGAAGUCAGAAAAACAUAGAAUAAGACAAUAAUGUGGGUGUCUGAAAAGGAACAAAUACUUAUUCCUCACGUGGGGUUAAUGACAAUGGGAAAAGGGACGGGAGUAGAAGCCACAGACAUAUCUAGGAGCCCUGAAUAGAGGCGCAGUCUGACUCACCUCCUGAAUGAAGCUUUACUAGAUAACCAUGUAGCUUUCCCUGUGCCACUCUGGCAUGAAGGAGACAGUAUAGUGAAUAUGGCUACAGGAUGUUUCUUGGAAACAUGCCAAUAUCUUCAGAAAUCCCCAGCCCUUUCCCCUAACCCUUCCUGGCUAAGGAAAGCAUGAGCUUAUGAGAGAAACCCUAGGAAGAACAACACAGUUGAGACAAUGUAGCAGCAUCAGUGGGUGCUGUGUCCUCCACUGGAUUCGCCAUCUCCGAGGAGAAACUCUCACAGAGGAAAUGGGUCAGCAGCGACCUCAUGGCUCUAAACAGCUAUGAAAUCCAUGAGGAUAUUUCUAACCAUGCUACCUGCAUCAGUGAGUUUAAAUUUUAAUUGGAGAAAAAAUACAAAACAUUAACGCAAUAAUUGAUACAGUAUAGUUUGGUGCAAAGAACCCUAAAUUCAAAUCCAGGACUCAGUACUUUGAAGCUAGUAUUUUAAACUUUAUAAAUGUGUGAAGUAUCUAACAUUUCUGGCCUUACUUUUCUCAUCCACAAUGUAGGAGUAAUAAUACUUUCCUUGCAGAGUUAUUAAUAAAAUUUGAAUAAUCUUGAUAUUUAGUCAAUGCCUUACACAUAGUACAUGAACACAUAAGAAAACAUUGUGAUUAUAUUUAUAAUUAAUUUAUUUCAAAGAAUGGAUCAUAUUAUAUGAAAAGCACUUUUGUUUUUCUCAGCCCCUUAAUGAUUUAGGAGAUUCAAAUGUAGAGCUAUGGGUGAAUUUCUUUACAUAUGAUAAUUGAAAGAUAUUUUUCUUUUUCCAGAAUGAGAGAGGCUGAGAUUGGAUUGGUAAGAGAACUCUUAGCACGAGAAGCUGUAAUAUUUGACUUUGGUUUUCAACUCUCUAAGAGGGGAUAUAUUCCCUCCUUAUGGCCCAUAAGUGUUUAUUCAAGGUAUAUCAUAUACAACAGAUCUUUAUGCCUGUUUACUUUGGGGAAGAAGUGAAGAUAGUUCAAGGAGAAAAUAAUUUAAAACGCAGACUGGGAAUCAGUAAGCACAGGAAAUCUGAACCAGUGAUGAUCAUGAAAAUGUCCAUCACAGAGCACAGAUGAUUUUUAGGGCAAUAAAACUAUUCUGUUUGAUACCACAAUGGUGAAAAAUAUCAUUAUACAUUUGCUCAAAUCCACAGAAUAUAUAACACCAAGAGUGAGACUUAAGGUAAGCUAUGGACUUUGGGUGAUAAUGAUGUGCCAAUGUAAGUUCACAAAUUAUAGCAAAUGUACCACUCAGACGGGAGAUGUUGCUAAUGGGGGAGGCUAUGCAUGAGUGGGAGCAGAGUGUGUCUGGCAGCAGUCCCCAGUCUUUCUGGCAGCAGGGACCAGUUUUAUGGAAGACAAUUUUUCCACAGAUAGUUGGGGGAAUGGGGGUAUGAUCUGGGGAUGAAACUGUGAAACUAUUUCACCUCAGAUCAACAAGCAUUAGUUAGAUUCUCAUAAGGAACAUGCAACCUAGAUCUCUUGCAUGCACAGUUAACAAUAGGGUUCGCGCUCCUGUGAGAAUCUAAUGCCAGCACUGAUCUGACGGAAGGCGGGGCUCAGUUGGUAAUGCUGGCUAACCCACUGCGUGGUCGAGUUUCUAACAGGCCACCAACUGGUAAUGGUCCAUGGCCCGGGGGUUGGGGACCUCUGGGAUACCUCUGCACCUUCUGCUCAUUUUUUCUGUGAACCUACAACCGCUUUAAAAUAAGGUCUAUUUUU